AUGGAGGCAUACAAGAAGCUUGAAACAAUCUUCACGAAGAUUUAUCGUUUUCGUCAUUUAAUUUCAAUGGCGUUUUGGGACAUACAAGUGUUAAUGCCACGGGGUGGUGCUGAAGCCCGCGGUGCGGCCCUUGCGGAGCUCCAGCUGCACGUCCACGAAUUGCUAACCGACCCUAAGAUGCGAGACCUGCUGCUGGAGGCGGAGAAAAACAAGGAACAGCUUGGAACUCUGCAACAGGCAAAUCUGCGCGAGAUACGUCUUGAGUGGGAACGGGAGAAUCUUCUUCCGGAGGAAAUUAUAAAGAAAAAGUCGGAAUUAACGACCAGAGCCCAGCAAAUAUGGCGAAAGAGUCGAGAAGAAAAUGACUUCAGUCAGUGGUUGCCCAUGUUAAAGGAGCUGGUGGCAUUAUUUUAUGAGACAGGCGUUGCCCUGGCGGGAAACACCGGCAAACAUCCAUAUGAGGCGCUCCUGCAAUUGUAUGAACCUGGGAUGUCCCUUGAGCGAAUUGAUGAAAUAUUUAAUGAAAUUAAAUCAUGGCUUCCCGCACUUAUUCGUGAGGUAAUGGAGAAGCGGAAGACCGCCGGCGAGGAAGUGUUGACGCCCGUCGGCCCAUUUCCUCUCGAAGCUCAGAAAGAACUCAGCCGUUACUGCAUGAACGUCUGGAAGUUUGACUUUGAUGGUGGCCGCCAGGAUUGCAGUCUACACCCGUUCUGUGGAGGUGUCAAGGAGGACGUGCGGAUUACCACACGAUACGAUGAGUCGCGUUUUGAAACGGGACUCAUGGCAGCGAUACAUGAGACCGGGCACGCCAAGUAUGAGCAGAACGGCGGUCCCAAGGAAAUGAUAACUCAGCUCGUUGCAAGGUACCGUUCUCUCGGUGUGCAUGAGGGCCAAUCCCUCUUUGCAGAGCGUAUGGUUGCUCGUUCAAAACCUUUUAUUGAGUUUCUUCUGCCGAAGCUGAAGGAGUUGUUUGGCGAUCAACCGGCCUUUACGCCGGAGAAUAUGGUAAAAAUUAUACAGCGUGUGAAUCCAAGUUUCAUUCGUAUCACUUCGGAUGAGUUGUGCUACACCAUGCAUAUCAUCCUCCGCUAUGAGAUUGAACGCGGCUUGAUUGAGGGAAAACUGCGCGUUGAGGAUGUUCCCGCCGUGUGGAACGAGAAGAUGAAGUCGUACUUGGGCAUUGAAACCCUGGGAAACGACAGGGAAGGGUGCCUGCAGGAUAUUCAUUGGUCCAUUGGAGACUUUGGAUACUUCCCGACUUAUUCUCUGGGGGCGUUGGUUGCGGCGCAAUUGAUGGCCUCCAUCCGGCGGGAUCUCGGAAAUGAUGUGGUGGAUGACUGCAUCCGCAAGGGUGAACUUGGGGCCAUUCUUGAGAAGCAGCGGGAAAAAAUAUGGCAGCAUGGCUCCACCUACACAACCGAGGAGCUUCUCACAAAAGCGACGGGAGAGCCACUUAACCCACGGUUCUUCCGGGAGCACCUUGAGCGGCGUUAUCGUGACAACUUGGGUUAA